GCCCGAGACGCCCACCACCCCAACACCAACCCCAACCCCCACAACUACAUCUCCCGAGAAACCCCUCCUGCUACCACCACCACCACCACCACCUCUUCGAAGCCUCCUGAUCCACUGCCUCCGACAUCCUCCGAUGCCGACGUCGUUCACGUUCCCAGCUACUCCCGUUGGUUUUCAUGGCAAAAAAUCCACGACUGCGAGGUCCGGUUCCUCCCGGAGUUCUUCGACUCUCUCUCUCGCUCCAAGAACCCUGGGGUUUACAUGUACUACAGGAACUCCAUCGUCAAGCAGUUCAGGGAGAACCCCUUAAGGAAGCUCACCUUCACGGACGCCAGGAAGACGCUGGUCGGCGACGUGGGCUCAAUUCGGAGGGUCUUUGAUUUCCUUGAGGCUUGGGGUCUGGUCAACUACUCCCCCUCCGCGCACAACAAGCCGCUCAGGUGGGAUGACAAGGAGACCAAGUUCGAAUCUAAAAGCGGCGGCGGCAGUGGUGCGCCGCUCGACUCUUCCACGGCAGGUCCCAAUAGAGAGAGUUCCAAGGUGGUGUGCAGUGGGUGCAAGCUCGUUUGCAGUAUUGCUUGCUUUGCUUGUGAUAAGUAUGACCUGACUCUUUGUGCAAGAUGCUAUGUUCGUGGGAACUACCGGGUUGGUGUCAACUCCUCAGAUUUCAGACGGGUUGAGAUCAGUGAAGAUAUGAAGGCAGAUUGGUCCGAAAAAGAAACUUUGCAUCUUCUGGAAGCUAUAAUGCAUUAUGGUGAUGACUGGAAGAGAGUUGCAAAACAUGUUGGUGGCAGAAGCGAGAAGGAAUGUGUCAAUCAGUUCAUUAAGCUUCCUUUUGGGGAGGAAUAUCUUAAAUAUCCGGAUUCUGGGGAUGUUGACAACAAGUACAAUCCAGUGAAGGAUCAAGUUGCUGAAUGUGCAUUAGAAAGUUCUGGUGCUUCAUGCAACAAUAAAAGAACGCGUCUCACACCCCUUGCAGAUGCAAGCAACCCAAUUAUGGCUCAGGCUGCAUUUCUGUCAACUUUGGCGGGUGUGGACAUUGCAGAAGCUGCUGCUCGUGCGGCAGUUAGGAGUCUCUCGCAGGUGGACCAUGGAGCAAGUAGAGAGCAUCUUGGUACCCUUGCCAGGAAUACAGAAUUGCAAGAAGCUGAUGUUGCAUCUAAUGGUGAUGCCGUACGGAAUGCAUCAGAAGGAGCUUAUGUAGAAGCAAAUUCACAACUUCAGAAGGAAGAGCUAAACGUGGAGAGAGUGGUUUCUGGGAUUACUCUGCAGAUGAAAGAGAUACAAGAUAAGCUUGUUCAUUUUGAGGAGCUAGAUCUACAGAUGGAGAAAGAAUGGCAACAGUUGGAGCAAAUGAAGAACAUGCUCUUUGUUGAUCAGCUCACCCUCUUAUUUCAUAGAAGUUCUGCACCAAAAACUGAUGAACGAAUGGAACAAAAGAAUAUAAGAACUGAUUGAUGUUACAUGAUUUGUGUUGUCUGUAUACAUUUUUUACUUCCCCCGGCCAGGCUCUAGCUGCCUAUUUAUCUGGAAAUAGAGCUGCCAAACUUACUUACAAAAUCAAAUUAGUUUAAUUGAAGUAGUUGCAAAGCCUUUUCCCCUGUCCUUGUCCAUUUUUAGUGCGGGUGGCAGAUGUUUACCCAAAAACCGAAAUGUGUAAUAAACUGCCCAUUGAGAUGAAAAUGGACUUAGGUGUUUGCUUUC